UUACGUAGAAAACCUCGAUUUCAUCGUCGCGAACCGGUUGCGUGCUAUAAGUGGCAUAAAUAUCACUAAUUCAUCAGACAUUGAGUUUAAAGUGCUUGACGGUGGAUUUUAAUACAAAAUCGAUUAUUAGGAAUAUUGCAUAUAUUAUUUGUGUAGAAACGUUGACAUGACAGCAAGAACAACAACGAAACCUCGGGAAAGUUGGCAACUUAGCAAAGCGUACCUCGUGGCCUACAAUGGUACGCAGAUCGUUGGCUGGACAUAUAUGCUUUUGCAUACGUUGGGUUAUUUCUUGAAUCGUGGGACCCUCGAUAAUUUCUGGAAGGAGAUCAGCUGGAAUCUGGUAAUUUUUCAAAAUGCUGCUGCGUUAGAAGUUCUACAUGCGGUAUUGGGGAUUGUACCUUCCGGUGUCUUCUUGACACUCACGCAAGUGACAUCUAGAGUGUUCCUUGUUUGCGGCGUGCUACUUGUGUCAGAUGCAGCAACAAUAAGCCCUGGAAUAGUGCUGUGUGUGCUUGCGUGGUCAGUCACGGAAAUAAUCCGAUACGGUUAUUAUGUAUCCAAUGCGAUCGGCCAACCGCCAUCGCUGCUGAUGUUACUACGAUACUCAACAUUUUUCCUGUUGUAUCCACUUGGAGUUACUGGAGAGAUACUGUGCAUAUAUGACUCUCUGAAGGAUAUUGCUGCCCGUCAGUUUUGGACAGUGCCAGUGCUGUCAAACUACGUUACUAUAGCCAGCCAGUACCACGUAAUCUUUAGCACGUUAUACCAUUACUUCCUUAUUUGUUGGAUAAUGAUGUACAUACCUAUGUUCCCGAUGUUAUUUGGACAUAUGAUGCAACAGAGAAAGAAGGUUUUAUCUAAAUAUAUGAAAUCAUACUGAAAAGAGUCGAACUGCGUGGACAAUAAUGUAAAUACUAUUUAUUAUGACUUACAUAGGUACUUAAAUCAUCUGUCAAGAUGUUAAAGGCCUCGUGAUGAAUAUAUUAAUUAAGUUUAGUUUUAAGAGGUUAAUUAGCAAGCAUUUUUUCGUAGGUAUAUCUACUUAAGUGAUGAAUGUACUUAAUCUGUUGUGAGACAUACUAACAUUAAGUAAUUUUACGGUUUAGACUCACCGAAACAUGUCGCGCGAGUAACUAAAACAAGUGAGUCUAAACCGUAAAAUUAUUUGAUGAAUGGACUAUUCAAUAAGUAUUUGGUUUUAAUUCAAGUCCAAAAUAAUCAAAGUCUAGUAGUUUUGCAUUUUGAUAAUUAUUUUGUAUGCGAAGCGUCCUUCAAACAAUUAUCAAAAUGACCCAAUUAAAAAUAUGCAAGAAAAAUUACUUAAAAUCGUUGUAAGUGCAAGGAACAAUGUGUUUAUUGGUUAAGUUUCAGAAGAGGAGUCAGUUGAGAAAAAUACCUCAAAUUUAGAGGUUUUAACUUUGGUUUCUGAGUUGAAGCUAAUUUAUGUUGUCCUGAUCACAAUGAUACGUAGGCCCGUGUACCUCAAUGAGGCAGAAAUAUUGUUUUAAAAUACGUGAACAUGAAAACAAGUUAUUUUGUAUUGGUGUGAUUAACAAAAAUAUUAGAAACUAUGAAAAUUAGUUUCGGUACAUUUUUGCAAAAGAUCUAGAAUACUCGUAACAUUAGCAAUGUUUCCAUGUGUAUGUCUUAAAUACCUUUUUUUUGUGAAGAAAUAUUCAAUUGAUUUAAAUAAUGUAACUUAAUACCUAUGUACCGAUUCUCUAUUACAAAGU